AUUUUGUGCUCGUUUUCAAUGAGCCGACGACCUUAAGAUUGUGUUUUGGACAAACAAGUUGGGAGUUGGUCUUGCCAAUUCCCAAUUCGAACAACGCUAACAGGGCUUAUCUUGGCUCAACGCGUACUGAUGUCGCGCCGUCCACUGGCUCAAAGGAAGACUUUUUAUUCUGCGUAGAUUACACUAAAAUGCAAAAUGGAUUUCACAGUUCAGAGCCUCUUAUUUUUCAUUGUGUCAAACGUCCUGGUGCGCUCCCUGCAGUCCAGUGCCUACCGGUCUGGUUUGUAGCUGGUCGUGUCUGUUCACACAAUGUAUCAUGUAUUAAGCCAUCCAUCCAUUUUCCGUAGCGCUUCCCCUCACGCGGGUCGCGGGCGUGCUGGAGCCUGUCCCGGCCGUCUUCGGGCGAGAGGCGGGGUACACCCCGAACUGGUCGCCAGCCAAUCGCAGCUGUAUUAAGCCAAUGUUAUUAUUCUGACAUAAAUAUGAUUGUUAGCUAGUAGUGUUUUGGAUUACAUAUUACAAAUCUGACUGCAGUGUUCCCUAAGAAGCCCAACAAACAUUUUUUUGGGCGGUGGGGCAUUAGUUUAACGCAUCCAUUUUCCAUACGGCUUCUCCUGACGCGGGUCGCGGGUGUGCUGGAGCCUAUCCCAGCUGACCCUGGGCGACAGGCGGGGUACACCCUGAAAAGCGGAUUCAGAAGGAUUUGACAUCAGGCCCCGUAGUUGGGUUCCAUUGAGUGGGAUUCCCGGAGACCACCUCAUUGUCCCGGUGUCCGACCGUAGCAUCCCCAGCCCCGUGCGCCUCCGCCUGGGUCAGAAAGAAAAGGUGUGGAGCGGCGAGGAUGAGGUGGAAGAGGACGGGAUGGGCCACGUCGACGCCGAGGACGCCGACGACGAGUUCGAGGGCGGCUGCUGGGAGGAAAAUGAGGAGGAGGACGACGAAGAAGAAGAAGAAGUAGGAGACGACGAGGAUGAAGAGCGAGCGGCUGUGGUGGAGCUGGACAUCGCAGACUUUCUCCCGCAGUCCACCCAGCAUUACCAGCACGCACACUUCGGAGCGUCACAGAAGGAUGAAGAUGUAACGAUGGAGGAGGAAGAGGAGGAGACGCCGGUCCCUCAGGCCGGAACGGGACGCCUGACCUCGGAGCCCCGCCUGCACAGAUUCUGGUCUCCGCGCCGGCCCCGGCUGCGAUUCCACGGCCCCCCGGGCUCUCGGCUGAGCCAGCACUGGAAGAGCUGGCGGCAGCGGGCCCAGCGGGUGUACUCCCUCGGGCUCCGUUGGAGCCUGCAAGGACAGAAGUACUGUUACAGCAAGCAUAGGAGGAUAAAACGCUAUCGUCAAUCGCUGUACACCGAUGACGAUAACAGCGAGGAAGGAGGCUUCGCAGAGGCUGCUCGAGAUAAACAGCGGAGCGGCUGCUCUCCAGACAGGCACGCCGAGCGAGGCAGACGGGAAGUCGAGGAAAAGCGAGCGGAGCCGGUGCUUUCUGAGGAGCACGUGAGCUGCGUAACAGGCAUUCUGGAAGAAUCCCUGCAGAAAUACGGCAGUUUGAUCCCAAUCCAUGUCGAAGACAUCGUGGAGAGGCUUCAGGACAUCUUCAGAGAGAACUUCUCCCAGCCACACAGGAAAGCCACGGUCCAACACUUGAUACAAUCCUUCCAGCGUUCCUCGGGAUCAGCUCUGGCCAAAACCUUCAGAGUCAAUUACAAACGCCACGUUCUUAUCAUGGAUGACCUCGGCACUCUUUAUGGACAGAAUUGGCUCAAUGACCAGAUUAUGAACAUGUAUGGCGACCUGGUCAUGGAUUCUGUUCCAGAGAAGGUUCACUUUUUCAACAGCUUUUUCUACGACAAGCUAAGGACAAAAGGCUACGAAGGAGUCAAACGGUGGACGAAAAAUGUGGAUAUCUUCCAGAAGGAUCUCUUGUUGAUCCCCAUCCACCUGGAGGUCCACUGGUCGCUGGUCAGUGUUGACAUUCCUCGGAAAGCCAUCACCUACUUUGACUCCCAGCGGACCCUCAACCGACGUUGCCCCAAGCACAUUUAUAAGUAUCUGCAAGCAGAGGCCAUCAAAAAAGACCAGCAAGACUUUCUGACCGGCUGGAAAGGCUUUUUCAAAAUGAAGGUGGGCCGGCAGAACAAUGACAGUGACUGUGGGGCGUUCGUGCUACAGUACUGCAAGUGUCUGGCCCUGGGGCAGCCGUUCAGCUUUGGCCAGCAGGACAUGCCGCGUCUGCGCAGGCAAAUGUACAAAGAACUGUGUCGCUGUAAGCUCACCCUGUGACCCCUCACCCCCACCAAACCACACCAGCCACAGCGAGAUGGAAGGGGUCGGAGGGGGGCGCUCGAGACGGAACGCUCUCAGCCGACACCUCGUUGUAGAUCGUCGCAACCGUCUUGUGGAUUCUUCAAUGUAGAUAACCCCAAAACAAUCCAGUUCUGACUUUCUUGGCUAAAUGAUGCCUGAGUGUUUUAAGUGGGCCGAGGGUUCUUCCUCACAUCAGCCAUGUUGAUGGAGAAAAGGUAUGGAACAGCUAUGCGAGCGGACCUGAAAACAUAACACAUGCCCCUAACAUAUGAGCUGUCUUACUAAAAGGUUCUCUUGACCUGUGUUGAAGAAUCGGCAACCAUCUCUUCAACACAUUUUGUAUUUUGAUUUAGAUUUUUUUGCCAUGUGACGUGUCCUUUAUUGAGGUCAUUUACUUUGCAUUUAUCUGUUGUUUUUUGGGGGGGGGUUUUUGUACGUGCGUUAAUGUCGUUCCAAUAUGUUGCUACAUUUUGACAACUGUUAAUACAGGAGGAGUUCUCUACUUUUGUUUGAGGGGGGGGGCAAGAAUACAAAUUGGCCAGGUUUUCUUUCAUCAAGCAAAUUGUCCUCUGUAACUUUUGUAACAAAAUACUUUUAUGUUCCCUCCUAAAAGUUGUAAUGAAAUUCAGUUGACUGUUUUAUAUAUCUUCUACAGUACAUACUGGUCACUAGAAAUAAAUUUAAAGAAA